CCAAACACGUCUCGAAUUGUUAAACUUUCUCCACACGGCAAUUUAAUAAAGAAAAUUUCAAACACUUAUUGCCUUACAUAUUUCCCUUCUUUGCAUUAUCCUACCCAUUUUCUAAACCUCUCCUAUCCUUUUUAGGAUCCAAUUCUCCUCCGUACAAAGAUGACCAUGGCCGGAUGAGAAGUUUUCCUUGAGGUGAAACUGAUUCCAACUCACUCCAUCCAGAGAUGUCAAUCAAUGUCUUUCCCUCCGGCAAUCUCAUGUCAGACAAUGUGUUUUCUGACCUUGGCGGAUCAUUCGAUGGAAACCCCAAAGUGAUAUUUAAAGAUCAAUUAGGCAACCGUGUACAGCCUCCAGAAGACCUUCUCAGAUUCUUUGCGGAUCAAUCGGAUAAUGGCUAUCCGUCUCACAAACACCAUCUCAGUUCAUUUGACGACACCUUCGAAAAUUGGUCAAAAUCAGUAGACACAAUGAUCAAAUCAUCCGUCGGGGCAGCAAUACUGAAUUCACUGGUGAUUCUUGCGAUCGCCCUCACGAUCAUCUUUUGUUUAAAACGGGCUGGAAUGACGGUGAUAACAAGCUAUCUUGCCAAAUCCAACAGCAACGUCCGAAAAAUCCCAUCACCGGAUCUAACCGUUGUUACAGACAACUAUGUCACUGCAACUGCACCAUCGACAUUCAUGGCAAUUCCAGACGGGCAGGCCCAAAGGGCAGCUAUCGAUAUAUUUUUCAGCGACAUGGCAAGAGCGAGGCCCAUCCAGUUUUCACCACAGCAAUUAGAGAUUUUCACUCACAAUUACACCACAAGGUUGGGCUCCGGAGGCUAUGGAGUAGUCUACAAAGGAGAGUUUCCGAACGGGAUGCAAAUCGCCGUUAAGGUCAUCAAAGGGCAGUCGGAGAAAGAGGUUGAAGAGCAGUUCAUGGCGGAAGUGGGUACUGUAGGUAGGACCCACCAUAUCAAUCUGGUCAAGCUCUACGGAUUCUGCUUCAACCCAGAGAAGAUAGCACUUGUUUAUGAGUACAUGGGCAAUGGGUCAAUCGACAAGUUAUUGUUCGACAAGGACCGUCUGAUCGGGUGGGACAUCUUGCAUAAGAUCGCAGUAGGGACGGCGAAGGGGAUCGCAUAUCUCCACGAGGAGUGCGAUCCAAGGAUAAUUCACUACGAUAUCAAGCCGGAGAAUGUUCUCCUCGGCGCAGAUUUCACUCCCAAGGUUGCAGAUUUCGGGCUGGCGAAGCUAUGCACUAGGAACCGAUCGCUGGUGACCAACAACAAAUUUAAGGGGACGCCAGGUUACGCAGCACCAGAGAUCUGGGGCCAGAAUCCGAUCACCCAUAAAUGCGAUGUGUAUAGCUUUGGUAUUUUAUUGUUUGAGAUUGUGGGGAGGCGGCGGCACGCCGGCGAUGAUCCGAGUGGAAAUGAGGAGUGGUUUCCAGUGCAGGUUUGGAAGGGUUUUGAGAAUGGAGAAUUGGCAGGGCUGUUUGGUGUUUGUGGAAUUAGCGGCGGUGAUGGAGAGAGAGCAGAAAAAAUGGUGAUGGUGGCUCUGUGGUGUGCCCAACGCCAGCCUGAGGCAAGACCGGUCAUGAGCGACGUGGUGAAGAUGUUGGAAGGGAGAGCAGAAAUUCCCAUGCCACCGAAUCCGUUUCAGCAUCUUAUUUCAUCUGGUCGAAGUGGAAGUGUAGCUGAUUCAAGUAAUGCAACGGAAACUGAGACAAAUGCAACUGCUGUAGAUUCAAGUUUCCAAACAGCGACCGACACAAUUGCAAUCCUAGUGGAUCCUAGUUUGGAAACAGCAACAGAAGGAAUUGCAAGUGUUGCAGAUUCAACUAGUGCUGAUAUCUGCUCUUCCAUUCCAAUCAUGAGCAAGUAUGAGAUUCAACUGGUGACCUUACCCUGACUGAUAUGCAAUGUUUUCUUUCCCACCAGCAUGUUACUUUGAUAUAACAUCCAACCCGUUACAAAGGUGGGCCGCAUGAUAUAGCUCACCUAGGGCGAAAACCAGGAUGGCCAAUCGAUCGGUCAGGCUACAUCAUCAACAUCAAUGGAUGGGUGGAUUGCUCCAAUUUUCGUUCCAGGAGAUCGUCAUGGUAUGGCCCACAUUUUGCAGGAAGAAUUUGGAUAAUUUAAUCUCCUUAGUCUAGUUUUUUACAGUGGUCCAUUCAGAAUCACGUCAUGUAUGUUUUUUUUCCUAUUUAUUAAGGAGUAAGGACCCAUUUGGAUGUGUGGGUAGGGUUUGCCUCUGUUAGUUUUUCACU